CCUUCCGUUUCGAUCUUUCUCUCUCUUGCCCUUUUUGUAGAGAGAGAAACACAAGUUUUUUGCUGUUUUGGCUACAUACCUGCCAUAUAAACAGAUUUAGGGCACAUAUUAUUCAAAUCACCGAAUAUCUUCAAAUUCUUCUGCAUCAAUUGCUUCUAUUUGUGCAGAUUCUUCUUCAGCAUCUUGAACAAGCUAAAAGCCCUAAUUAUUUGUUAGAGAUUUAGGGUUUUUUUGCGCCUCUUUUUCAAAUUGCUGUAAUUGUGUUGUAAAUUUGCAAUUGAGUGUUGAAUGUGCUGGAUUCAAGCACAGGAAGACAGGAUAUGUAUACAAAUUAGGUUUCUAGGGUUUUGAUUUGUGUAAUUGCGGUUUUAGAAAGGGAAACGAUGGACGGACGGAGGAUAACGGCGAGUCCACGUGUCUCCACUGGCCGGAGAGUGGUGGCGAAGAAGCGGCCGCGUGGCGGAGCUGAUGCGUUUUUGAAUAGUGUUAAGAAGCUUCAGAGGAGAGAGAUUUGUUCGAAGCGAGAUCGGUCUUUUAGUAUGUGUGAUGCUCAAGAGAGAUUCAGAAACAUACGUUUGCAGGAAGAGUAUGAUACCCAUGAUCCAAAGGGACAAUGCUCUACGGUAUUGCCGUUUCUCAAGAAAAGGUCAAAAAUUGUUGAGAUUGUUGCUGCUCGUGAUAUAGUUUUUGCUCUUGCACAAUCUGGAAUCUGUGCAGCAUAUAGCCGAGAGACUAGCCAGAGGAUAUGCUUUCUGAAUGUCAGCCCUGACGAAGUUAUUAGAAGCUUGUUUUACAACAAAAACAAUGAUUCACUCAUUACGGUUUCAGUCUAUGCCUCAGACAGCUUUAGCUCCUUGAAAUGUAGAACCACUGGAAUCGAAUACAUACGAAGAGGUAAGCCAGAUGCAGGUUUUGCUCUUUUUGAGUCGGAGUCUUUGAAAUGGCCUGGUUUUGUGGAGUUUGAUGAUGUUAACGGCAAAGUACUUACAUUUUCAGCACAAGAUAGCAUCUACAAGGUGUUUGAUUUGAAAAAUUACAUGAUGUUAUACUCCAUAUCGGAUAAAAAUGUCCAAGAGAUCAAAAUAAGCCCUGGAAUCAUGUUGUUGAUAUUUAAUAAAGCUAGUGGUCAUGUCCCUCUCAAGAUUCUCUCCAUUGAAGACGGAACUGUUUUGAAAACUUUCAAUCAUCUCCUUCACCGUAAUAAGAAGGUCGAUUUCAUCGAACAGUUCAAUGAAAAGCUUCUUGUCAAGCAAGAGAAUGAGAAUCUUCAGAUUCUCGAUGUACGCAAUUCUGAAUUAACGGAAGUUAGCAGGACAGAAUUUAUGACCCCAUCAGCCUUCAUAUUUCUCUAUGAGAACCAGUUGUUCUUGACCUUCAGAAACCGAACAGUGGCUGUCUGGAACUUCCGUGGGGAGCUUGUGACGUCAUUCGAAGAUCAUUUGUUAUGGCACCCAGACUGCAACACUAACAACAUCUAUAUCACAAGUGAUCAAGAUCUUAUCAUUUCUUACUGCAAAGCUGAUUCGGAGGAUUCUUCAACCGAUGGAAAUGCAGCGGCAGGUUCCAUCAAUAUCAGCAAUAUUCUAACCGGAAAAUGUCUUGCUAAAGUAAAGGCGAUGGAUGGUGCAAUGGUUAAUGAUUGUAUUUGCAGUGACGUUGUCAAAUCUAGUGGUAAAAGAUGCAGGUGCAACUCAAAGCAGCGGGCCCAAGGUCGGAGGAUCACAAGCUCUGUUUCGGAAGCAUUGGAGGACAUCACCGCCCUUUUUUAUGAUGAAGAGCGUAACGAGAUUUAUACUGGUAACAGGCUCGGUUUGGUCCAUGUCUGGUCCAACUAAGGGGGUGUCUGGUUUGAGAGUAUGAGUUUGAUGCCCGUAACAUCGGGAAUCUUUUAUAUAUACCCUUUGUGUUAACCUCUCAUACCCAUAUAGAUUCCUGAUUUUAAACCAAACCAAACCGAACCAAAUCAAACACCACCUAAGUGUUGAGUUGUCUGUCUUCUUUCCCUUUUGGUAUGCUCGGUCCGUCAUAAUUGAGAUGGAUGAAUUGUCGUAUGGUUUGUUGCGUGUGCAUCAAGUAGUGUAUCAUGAAGUUGUCUUUUGAGCAGUUGAAGUUGUUUUCAUUGUUUUGUAGGUUAUUUAUGAAAGUUAUUUUUAACUCUUUUGACUCAUUGGAGCUGCUAAUUGUUAUUUGUCAUAA